ACGAGAAAUGCUUGCGAACGGACGCCAACGCGCUCUGAGAUAAAGAUAAGUCGAUAAUACAUAAGUAAAUGUACACGUAUGUACAAGGAGCUGUAGCAGCAAGGGCCAGCCAAUAAAAGUUUUUAAGUGCCGCGGCUUUAAAAUAUAUAAAGUGAAAAGAUAUUAAAAAUAAAAUUAAUACCCUUACACUACUUUUUGUAAAUAAAAAAACGCAACUGGGAUUAUGAAGGAGUUUGGCAAAUUGUUUUCACGGCGUUAUAGUGCAGUUUGUGUAAACGACGAUGUGGCCUGCAGUCAGCUACAAUCGAUGGUGACACCUGGAUUUGGAUUGGGUACCAGGCCCGAUGUAGAUCCUGCCGUAGUUUCUGCCGCUCAGGUCGCAUUGCAGCGCAUUCAACGACGCAAGAGUCUUACUACAAAUCGUUCUAUGAAGCCGAUUGACAUAUUGGGAAGCUUUUUUUACGAGCCAAGCCAUGGCAAACGUAAUCGAGUUCCAACGCGUGCAUUUCUGCUACUAGCGAUCGGUUUUUUGGCUAUAGCAACGGCUACCCUUGUGAAAGUUUUUGAUCCAUACAACUUAAUAUUUAAAUGGAAGUUAAUAAUGACGGAAGGAGGUGAAAUCUUUAAUCUUUGGGCACAGCCCCCAGUUGAUCUGUAUAUCAAAAUAUAUCUGUUUAACAUAACCAAUGCUGAGGCCUUUCUAGCAGGUCAGGAGCAGCUAAAAGUUGAACAAGUUGGUCCCUAUGUAUACAAGGAGAUUAUGACCCACGAGAACGUCACCUUCAAUACAAAUAACACUAUGUCCAGUACUCCCAGUCAUCCCUUGGUUUGGCAAGCGCAAUUGUCAGGCGGUUAUCAUGAGGACGAUGAGGUUGUAAUGCUGAAUAUUGCCAUGUUGUGGAUGACCAGUGUGCAGGCGGCCAAGAGGAACAGUGACCGCAGCGAGGGACAACUCCCCCGCGCCCACAAACUUGCCAGCGACCAGCAACCCGGCCGCUUCUUAGUAGCCGUCACCGCUCGGGGUCGACCUACGCUAACGACCCUAAGGGCAGCAUUUGGAUAUCCCCUUCAUUUGGACGGCUGCACGCGAUCACGCUCACAUCCACUGGGGGGAUAUCAUUUUCAUUUAAUUGGCGCUCAACGCAAAAUACGGAUUGCACAAUUUCCGGAAUCAUUUACAGAUUCCUUACAACCGAGCUAUGUGGCACGUAACAAAUCAUUUCGGUCCCAGCCAAUACAUUCCAAUAAAAUUCAAACUCCUCAAACAGCACAUUUUAAAGGAAAUACAUACUCUCAACAGCAACAACCCUCCACAUCUAAAAACACUAACUUCCCGGUUACCAAGCGACUAAGAUCAUCGGACAGUGAGCAAACUAAAAUGUCUAAUGACGAAAUGAGAUUUCAAGACGUCCACGAAUACGAAGAAUUACAAAAAAUUAUUAUGAACAACAGUAUUACAAUCAAUAGAAUGGGUUGAUUAAUGAAGAGCAACUACAGGUACAAUCCAUCCAAAAUACAAAUGAUCAAAAUCAAAAUAGCUCAGAGCCAAACGAAAAUUUUCGGUUAACACCCCGGACAACACCAGUACAUAGAAAUAGCAUACAAAGGUUGAACAUACAAAUGCCUUAUAGACACAGGAUCCACAAUAAAUAUGAUCAAUGAAAAUAUAUUUCAUCUUCCUAUACAAAAUACUAGAUGUGAAGUUUUGACAUCGAAUGUUACCCAGCAAUAGUAUUUUUAAAACAAAUGAACCAUUUUAUGCACACAGUUUUUCUAAUAAUUACGAUAUACUGAUUGGCAGAAAAUUGUUGAAAAAUGCACAAUCAAUUAUAAAUUAUAAAAAUAGCACAGUAACCCUUUUUAAUAAAACAUACAAAUUAAAAACAUACAUAAUUAAUUAAUUACUUCAAAAUCAGUAAAAGACCAAAAUUUUUAUAUUCAAAAGGCACCAGAAACAAAUAAAAAUUCAGCUCAGGAAUCAAUAAAAAAUAGAUUUUGAAUUAUUUCGAUUAGAUCACCUAAAUCAGGAGGAAACUACAAGGUUGAAAGGUUUAUUAAAUAAAUUCAAAAAUCUUUAAUAUGAAGGAGGAGACAAUCUAACAUUUACAAACACCAUUAAACACGUACUAAAUACAACAACAACGAAAUUGAAGUCGAAAACCAAGUGCAAGAAAUGCUUAAUCAGGGAUUAAUUAGAGAAAGUAAUUCACCAUACAAUAGUCCUACCUGGGUAGUACCAAAAAAAACUAUAUAGGAAACUCAAUGAAAUGACCAUCCUUGACAGAUAUCCAAUACCGAGUGUGAACGAAAUCUUCGGUAAUCAGGAAAAUGCCAAUAUUUUACUACUAUUGAUUUAGCAAAGGGAUUUCAUCAAAUGGAAAUGGACCCAGAAUCAAUAUCUAAAACUGCAUUUUCCACCAAAAGCGGUUAUUAUAAAUACCUCCGAAUGCCAUUUGGUCUUUUCAAAGGACUUUGAGUAAUAUCCUUUGACUGUUGCUUAACAAACACUGUUUAGUCUAUUUAGAUGAUAUUAUAAUUUUUUCCACGUCCCUUACCGAACAUUUAAAUUCAUUACAACUAUGUUUUUCCAAACUUCCAGAAGCUAAUCUAAAAUUGCAGUUGGUCACAUCGUAACCCCUAAUGGCAUAAAGCCAAACCCCCUUAAAGUUAAAGCCAUAGUUUCAUAUCCAAUUGCAACGAAAGUAAAAGAGAUCCGAGCAUUCCUUGGAUUAACUGGCUAUUAUCGUAAAUUUAUCCCAAACUACGUAGACAUAGCCAAGCCCAUGACCAGAUGUUUAAAAAAGGAGCAAAGAUAGAUACACAAAAUCUCGACUACAUAAAAGGAUUCAAAAAACGAAUUCUUCAAUUACCCAAUUUCGAAAAAAAAUUCACUUUAACCACAGAUGCCAGUAAUUUAGCCCUUGGAGCCGUGAUUUCUCAAAAUGGCCAUCCUAUAUCUUUAUUAGCAGAACACUCAAUGGACACGAAUUAAAUUUCAGUGCUAUCGCCAUAGUUUGGGCCAUUAAAACUUUUCGACAUUAUUUACUAGGACGACAUUUUCUCAUUGCUAGUGACCAUCAACCUCUUAGAUGGCUGCAUACAUUAAAAGAACCGAAUGCCAAAUUACAGAGAUGGAGAGCUAAAUUAAACAAAUACCAAUUUAACAUCGACUAUAUUAAAGAGAAGGAAAAUUCAGUUGAUGAUGCAUUAUCAAGAAUUAAAAUUGAAAAAAAUCAUCAUAGUGAAGUUACUCAAUUUAGUGCAGAAGACAACAGCAAUCUUAUUCUUUAAACAGAAAAACCAAUAAACUAUUUCAAGAAACAAAAAAUUUUCAUUAAAUCUGAUAAAAAUAAAGUAGAGAAUUCAACAAUA